CAUCAAUGUGUUGCCACGUUUACUACACUUUCGCACACGCUGCCUUCAAAAGCAUUGUACUCUUGAAAUACAUUUGCAUUUGAGUUGUAGUAGCCCGAAGACAACAUGUUCAGUAAUAUGAAGGUUGUGCUCGUUCUUUGCGCCUGUGUGCUUUAUGUGUUUGCUUUACCAGCAGAUGGCAAGGGAGAGAGGGCGAAGCCACACGAGGACAGUCUUUCCGACGAAGAGCAUUACAAGGAUGAAGAACAUAACCCCGAUUACGACAGAGAAGCUUUCCUUGGAGACAGAAAAGAGGAAUUUGACCAUUUGUCACCAGAAGAAGCACAGAGACGGCUGAAAAUCCUUUUAAAACAGGUCGAUACCGAUUCCGAUGGUUUUGUUACUUCGGAUGAAAUGAAGGUUUGGGUGAAAGGUGUCUUCAAAAAAAAGAUGGUUGAAGGCAUGAAUAGUGAUGUAAAAGAUAAAGACAAGGACGGAGACGGAUUCAUAAACUGGGAUGAAUUUUUAAAGGAUAGCUACGGAGAAGAGUAUUCCGCCGAUGACGAAGAAAUGAAGAAGAUGAUUGAGAGAGAUCGCAAACACUAUGAUGUCGCCGAUUCCGACAAAGAUGGCAAGUUGACAGCAGCUGAAUUUGGUAGCUUCAUGCACCCAGAAAGCAACCCCGAAAUGCAAGCCUUGAAUGCACAGGAGACUCUUGAAGACAUGGAUAAAAACAAGGAUGGUCAACUCGAUCUUGAGGAGUUCCUUGGUGAAUGGAAAGAUCCAGAGAGUAAAGACCAGGAAGAACCUGACUGGGUGAAAGAAGAGACAGAAAGGUUUAAAAAUGAGUUGGAUAAAAACAGUGAUGGUGUGCUGGAUCCUGCUGAGCUUACAUCGUGGAUCACACCCGAUACAGAUGCUACAAUUGUAGAAGAGGAGGUGAAGCAUUUGAUGGAUGAGAGUGAUGAUAAUAAAGAUGGGAAACUUAGUGUUGAAGAAAUUGUUGCUCAUCAUGAUAUCUUCACUGGUAGUGAGGCUACUGAUUAUGGACAGGCAUUACCAAAGGUUGAACUAUAAAUCCACAGACUUGCUUAGAAAUGGGUAGUUAUAACCCAUUAUACAAUUUUAAACGUGUUUAGAAAUGCUUAAAUAGUUGUGCAAAAAUUGUUUUUAAGCGGUAUUUAAAUCAAGCACUAGUUAAACAGAUUUUUUCAGAAGUUUGGGCUAGGACAUCUAGAAAUGGCCUAAUCUUAAUAUUUUCUAAAAUAUUCCAUGUUUUUUGUAUGUACAACAUUAUGCAAUAUUAAAUUAUUAU